CCGCCUCCUGCGCCUCUGGCUCGGCGGGCUCCGCAGCGGGGCCCUCCCGCCGCCUCGGCUCUUUCCCGCCGCCGAUCGCCACGCCGCGCCGCGCCGCUGGGCAUGAGUUAAAUCGCAGACAUGGACACCAAACAUUUCCUCCCGCUGGAUUUUUCCACCCAAGUGAAUUCGACCUCCUUAAGUUCUCCGACCGGCCGGGGCAGCCAUAUGGGCACACCUGCCCUCCACCCUUCCAUGGGGCCCAGCCUUGGGGGCUCCUUGGGAUCGCCCAGCCAGCUCCAUUCACCCAUCAACGGCAUGGGGCCACCCUUCUCCGUCAUCAGCUCCCCGAUGGGGCCUCACGCCAUGUCUGGACCGUCCACCCCCGGCCUCGGAUACGGAGCUGGCAGCCCACAGCUCAACUCCCCCCUGAACCCCGUGAGCAGCACGGAAGACAUCAAGCCCCCCCUGGGCAUCAAUGGGGUACUCAAAGUGCCAAUGCACCCUUCCUCUGCCAUGCCCGCCUUCACCAAGCACAUCUGCGCCAUCUGUGGAGACCGCUCCUCAGGCAAGCACUACGGGGUGUACAGCUGCGAGGGCUGCAAAGGCUUCUUCAAGCGGACGGUGCGGAAGGACCUGACCUACACUUGCCGAGACAACAAGGACUGCCUGAUCGACAAGCGCCAGCGGAACCGGUGCCAGUACUGCCGCUACCAGAAGUGCCUGGCGAUGGGCAUGAAGAGGGAAGGGAUGGAGCACCAUCCAUCCCGACCCACAAGACUCCCUGGAAGGCAGGAGCAACCAGCUGUCCAGGAGGAGCGGCAACGAGGCAAAGACCGCAACGAGAACGAGGUUGAGUCCACCAGCAGUGCAAACGAGGACAUGCCGGUGGAGAAGAUUCUAGAAGCUGAACUGGCGGUGGAGCCCAAGACAGAGACCUACAUCGAAGCCAACAUGGGCCUGACUCCUAAUUCGCCCAAUGACCCGGUCACCAACAUCUGCCAAGCAGCAGACAAGCAGCUGUUCACCCUGGUGGAGUGGGCCAAGCGGAUUCCCCAUUUCUCAGAGCUCCCACUGGACGACCAGGUGAUCCUGCUCCGAGCUGGUUGGAAUGAGUUGCUGAUCGCCUCCUUCUCCCACCGAUCCAUCGCGGUCAAAGACGGGAUUCUCCUGGCCACAGGCCUCCACGUCCACAGGAACAGUGCCCACAGUGCGGGAGUCGGGGCCAUCUUUGACAGGGUACUGACCGAACUUGUGUCGAAGAUGCGAGACAUGCAGAUGGACAAGACAGAGUUGGGGUGCCUGCGAGCGAUUGUCCUCUUCAACCCAGACUCCAAGGGCCUCUCUAACCCCGCUGAGGUCGAGGCCUUGCGGGAAAAGGUCUACGCCUCGCUGGAGGCCUACUGCAAACAGAAGUACCCUGAGCAGCCAGGGAGGUUCGCCAAGCUGCUGCUUCGCCUCCCCGCCCUCCGGUCCAUCGGCCUGAAGUGCUUGGAGCACCUCUUCUUCUUCAAGCUCAUAGGGGACACGCCCAUCGACACCUUCCUGAUGGAGAUGCUGGAAGCGCCACACCAGAUGACUUAAAAGGACGCUGGGCCAGGCCAGCUGCUUUCCUUGGCCCAGGGGGCUGCCUGCUGCCACCCACCGGGACCUCUGCUCUGAGAGCCGUCCUGCUGCCACCUCCCCCGCUCCCACUCACCGUGCAAGGGAUGCUGCCUGCCCCGUCCAUCCCCCCACCACCCCACCUGGGAACGUUGGCUGGCCUGGCCCUUUUGCUGCUUUGCGUCUGAGGACAAAUGGCUUUCACGGAUGGGAGAAUUGCUCAAACAGCCACCAUGGCCUGCUUGCAUUUGGGGCCCCGUCCGCCGCCCCCUCCCUUGGCUUUGGUUCCCCCCCUCCAGGUGCAGAAUGGUGAAUUUACUCCAACUCCCCGGAAGGAUUUCAGGACUCUGUAAAGCCGCCUUUACUUAAGAACAAGGGAUUGUGGGAAACAAGUCAGGUGUUGCUGGUGGGCAAAGGGGAGGCCGGGAGGGUGGCCAGCUGCACCUGUAGACCUCCAGAGAUGGCACUUCCUAGGCAUGAGCCAGAGCAAGGCUGUCUCCUCAAGCUGGGCUUCGCUGCCCCUCGGCUGCCCCUGCUUGCUUAUGCAGGCAGACAAGACAGAGUGUCUUUGCAGGCAGAUGGCAGGCUGAGCCACCCUGCGCAGGGUCUGGGACAAGAGACCCCCCAUUCUUGCACAGAGCAGCUCAGAAUUCCUGGGAGAGCUGUCCCCUUUUUACUGGGAGGGAAGGAGGGGGGGGCUUGGUUGUGAAAGAGGGAUUUGGGGCUCACAGAAGCUCUGCAAUUUGGGUGGUGCUGGUGGCACUGGGCUUCCCUGGCCCGUUGCUUUGUGAACGCCAGUGCCAGGGGGCAGAGAGGUUGACUGGUUGACUUCUCAUUGUCAGAGAAGGGGGGGGGGCUCAGAUUGGGUGCCAAGGCAGAGUGUGCCCUUGCUGAAGCCCCACAUCUUCUGCCCAAGCAGGGACUGCCUGCAACGGACGAGGCCUGAAAUUGAGGGACCUCAAUUGAGUGAGGCACAUUUCCCACUCGGGGGAAAAAUAUGUUUUGGGAAUAAAAACUUCUCUCCCUUUUCAGUUCACCAAAACAAAAAAAAGCACUAAAGCUGCUUCAUCCGGGCAGGUUCAGGCACUUUCCUCCUUUCAAUGCCUCGGGCGCUGUCAUUCCUUCGCCCUGCCCAAAUCAAGAACCCAAAGGCGGCUGGGGGCCCUCGGAGUUGGGGUCAGAUUCAGCCCAGCCGCCCCCUGCAGGCUAGGGCGCCUGAUUUAAGGGCUGCUUGCGUGGAGCUUCCCUGCGCAGGGGCAGUCUAGCCCUGGUGCCCUGGAAGGCCAAGGUAAGAGGAGACCCAGUUCAGCCUGGAGCUUCUCUGGGGGCUCAGCAGGGGGCCUGCGGGGAGGGCUUCCCUAAGGGCGAAUCUGGGGGGGCCCUGGGGGUUUCU